UACGAUAAAAAGCAGCGACAUUCAUCGACAAACAGACACUUUACUAAACCGUUGUCUCGGAAAGUAGUUUUGCAAGAAAUUCACGCUGAAUACGACUAUUCCUUUAAACUGGUUUUGAUCGGAGAUUCGGAAGUCGGGAAGUCGUGUCUGAUGUUGCGGUUCGCGGACGACAAGUACAUCGAGUCCAUCAAAUCUACCGUUUGCGUCGACUUCAAGAACCGUACCAUAGAGUUGGACGGAAAGAGGGUAAGGUUGCAGAUCUGGGACACCGCGGGUCACGAGCGUUUCCGCGCCAUCACCUCCUCCUACUACAGGGGCGCCCACGGGAUCAUUGUUGUGUACGACGUGACGAACUUGGAGUCGUUCAAGAAUGUGAGGACAUGGCUGCGAGAGAUCGAUCUUUACGCUUGCGAUGACGUCAACAAAAUUCUCGUCGGAAACAAAUGCCAUCUCACGACCCAAAAGGUCGUCGAUUACGCGACCGCGAAUGAGUUCGCCGAGAUCCUGGGCAUCCCGUUUCUGGAGACGUCAGCGAAACAAGCGACGAACGUUGAACAAGCCUUCAUCACAAUAGCUGUGGACAUAAAGGCGCGAAUGGGAACCGUAUCGAGAGUGGAGCCGAUAUCGGGUCAGACAAUACGCCUGGAAGGGAGUACGACCAGCCCGUCCAAGAGCUCGGGCUGCUGUUCGAAAGACAAU